CGUCUUCAGAUAAAGGUGAACAUUUUGUCAGAGACAGCAUUUCUCUCUUUCUCUCUGAAGGAGAAUCAACGCUCUCAGGCUUUUCUCAACAAACAGCAGAAUCUCUGAUGACACACACUGCUCCUCUUUGUGCAGUAAAGCCUGUUCCCUUCCUUCCUGCUCUCAAACGCAGCCAGCUGCUCCCUCUCAAGAGCGAUGGCCUCUGCAGGCAGGGGGACGAUGGAGGUGGUGGCGCUCGGACGGCCUUUCAGUCUUGGGAUGUUGUACGACUGCCGCAACGACUCACUCGUCCCUGGAAUGACUUUGUGGGACCGUGAGGACCUUAAAGAUCAUAUUGGAGAAAGACCACAGCACUAUAAUGAUUGUGAUAUAGUUGCAUCUGAAUCAAUUGAGGACAAAUCUAAAGCACUAAAUGUUGAAGCAUCUCUGAAGGCGAGUUUCUUGGGUGGACUGGUAGAGGUUGGAGGAUCAGCCAAAUACCUGAACGAUAGCAACUUCCAAAAUCAUGCUAGAGUAACACUGAAUUACCAAGCUACCACAAAGUUCCACGAACUGUCCAUGAAUCAUCUUGGGGAUGUUAAGAAACAUCAGUUUGUGUUUGAGAAAGGAAUAGCAACACAUGUAGUCACAGGUAUCCUUUAUGGCGCUCAAGCCUUCUUUGUCUUUGACCGUGAGGUGUCUGUCAACGAGAACCAUCAAGACAUUCAGGGCAACUUGAAGGUGAUGAUCAAGAACAUUCCCUCCCUGUCAAUAGAGGGCAAAGGCUUGUUGAAAAUCGAAGACAAGGACAAAGCAAAUGUUGAGAAACUGUCCUGCAGAUUCUUUGGAGACUUUUUGAUUCCGAAACCUCCGACAUCCUUUCAGGAGGCAGUAGAGGUGUACCAAAGUCUGCCAAAGCUGCUGGGAGCCAACGGGGAAAACGCAGUACCAGUGAAGGUCUGGCUGUUGCCUCUGACAUGUUUAGAUUCUACUGCCGCUAAACUUGUCCGUCAGAUAAGUAUAGGAUUAGUUGAAGAAUGUCAGAGUGUCCUGGAGGACUUCAGUGACCUGGAGAUGAGGUGCAAGGAUGCACUGAGAACCCAAACUGCACAGCAGUUCCCAGAGAUUGGAGAAAAACUCAAAACCUUUAAACAGAGGUGCUCUCAGUUCAAACUGGAAUUCCAACGAAACCUGGCAAACAAACUUCCAUCAAUCCGAGGAGGAGGAGAAGAAGAAGCUGUGCUCGCAGAGGAACUGAGGAAGACAUGUUCUUCUCCUUUCAACAGCAAGGACCUGAACGAGUGGAUGGACUGUAAGGAGAGAGAAAUCUACACCGUGAUGUCUCUGACCGACAUGAUGACAACCACCAAGAUCAUCUCAUCUCAAAUAGACCUGUACAAAGAAAGCUUCAAAGCAGAGCAGGCUGUGUGUUUUGUCUUCACCUCGCUGGGAAGAGAUGAACCGUACCUCUCAACUUUAUCAAACUACCUUCAGCAAACACCCAAACCAGACGAUGCCCAAGAUCCACACCCCCAGAUCAAUGGUACAACUCAAAGAGAAGAAUGGGGAGCAAUGCGGCAUAAAGCAAAGCUCUUCAGUGAUUUUGCAGAGGCCAACAAGGAGAACAAGAACAUCACAUUUCUGACGGUGGGUUUAACAAACGAGACACAGACAGGUGCCAGCAUCUACCUUUACACAGACGGCUUUUCUGUCAAUGAGAACUUUGAGCCGCCUUCAAAGCCUGCAGCAGUAACAGGAAGUGAUAUAAACCACAACAGUGUGACGCUGGAGAUUUCUCCACCCAGAUUUGGAGCAGAGGACAUCACCUCCUACUCUGUUGAGUACUGUGUCAGAGGAGAGGACGGCUGGAAACAAGAGACGGCAUCCAGAGCUGAAGAAGUCACAGUGAGCGGCCUGAGUCCUAACACAGAGUACAGGUUCAGAUGCAGGGCAGAGACACCAGUAGGUGCCGGGCCAGCCAAUGAAGUCAGUGGAUCCAUUCAAACCUUACCCUGCAGCCCUCCUGGAGAACUCCACGUUGUGAGAUAUCAGUCAGCUGGGAGAAACCUGCUGAGCUCGGACGAGAUGUCCACGUUUUGAGCUACAUCGUGGAGUACGCCAAACCAGACCAACAGGGGAAAGAGGAAGAUCUCCACUGGGAGCAAAUGAUGGCGGGAGCUGAGAAGGCGAUCAUUUCAGGACUUCAGCCAGAGACAGAAUACGCUGUCAGGGUCAGGUGUGAUUGUGGUGCAGCUGGAAGAAGCAAAGACAGCAUCGCUGUUAAUGUCCGCACAACUAAACGUGCACAUCUCACAGAAUCCCUCAUAAGUAAAAGCAAGAGGAUCAACUCUGAAUCUCCCUCAGUUUACAAACUGCCUCUGACAGAAGAAGACAUGGACGUUGAUGGAUGCCGGAGGUACAACUUUGGCAAUGAAUGUACGAUGCAAAAUCGUACAAUAAUGCUUGUUGGAGCAACUGGAUCUGGAAAGUCCACUCUGAUCAAUGGACUCAUCAACUACAUCGUUGGUGUAGAGUGGGAGGACGAUUUCAGAUUCAAGUUAGUUGACGAGGAUCAGUCGAGAUCUCAAGCUGAGAGCCAGACCUCUGAGGUCACUGUGUACAACA